UCGUUUGUAUCUAUCUGUGCCCUGCGACUGACUGACGACUGCCUCAUGGUGUAGUCUGCCUUCCGCCCGAGGUCAGCUGAGAUAGCCUCCAGCAAUUCCCCCUCAACCCUGCUCAGGUGUUGAAAGUGGAUGGAUAGAUAUAUUUUUUUGUACCCUUGUCAUCACUGGUAUCUCCCGAUACCGAGCGCAAUCUGUUACCUGGCUUUUGCAGAGUUGAUCAACAUGCUUCCUGUAGUGGUCGUCCAUGGAGGAGCUGGCUAUGUGCCAAAAGAGAGAGCAAUGAAGUCCAAGGCUGGGGUUUGCGCAGCUGCUCGAUCUGGGUAUGCCAUCCUCCAGAAUGGAGGAAGCAGCAUGGAUGCUGUGGUUGAAGCUGUGACCAAACUGGAGAAUAACCCCAGCUUCAAUGCAGGAUGUGGGUCAGUGUUAACCACCAGUGGCAAUGUGGAGAUGGAUGCCAUCGUAAUGGAUGGGAAAACACUCGCGAGCGGUGCUGUCUCUGCUGUACGCAAUAUAGCCAAUCCUGUGCAGCUGGCAAGACUGGUAAUGGAGAAGACCACUCAUACCUGUCUGACAGCACAUGGUGCUAAUCAGUUUGCCCUGGCCAUGGGUGUCCCUGAGGUGCCGCAAGAAUCCCUCAUCACUGAAUACUCCCGAAUGCGUUGGGAAAAAAACCUGGCACCUGAUGCCAACCCUGUGGAGUGCCAAAUGGGAAAGAUGGGCACCGUUGGAGCUGUGGCAGUUGACAUCGAAGGCAAUGUAGCAUGUGCCACUUCGACUGGUGGGAUACUGAACAAGAUGGAAGGACGUGUGGGUGACACACCCUGCAUAGGAUGUGGAGGCUUUGCUGACAAUCAGGUGGGAGCCGUGUCAACCACAGGCCAUGGAGAGGCCAUUAUGAAGGUUACUCUGGCUAGACUCAUCCUGUUUCACAUGGAGCAAGGUCAGUCACCAGAGGUAGCCUCUGACAUGGGCCUGGCCUACAUGAAGUCCAGAGUGCAGGGAUUGGCUGGGGUGGUGACAGUGGAUCCACAGGGUCAAUGGGCUGCUCGCUUCACCAGUUCUCAAAUGGCCUGGGCUGCAGCCCAAAAGGAUACCCUCCACUACGGUUUAUACACUGGGGAACACUUUACCCAAAGCCUUGAUGAACCUUAAUGAGAGAAAACACACGACUCAGGAAGGUUUGCCAUAUUCAUUUCUUUGUUUAAAAUAAUU